AUGGCUGGCGAGCAGUCCCGUCCCACGCUGGUGGUACUGGACUGCACCGUGGCUGGAGAGCGGUCCCGUCCCACACUGGUGGUAUUGGGCUGCACCGUGGCUGGAGAGCGGUCCCAUCCCAUGCUGGUGGUACUGGACUGCGCCGUGGCUGGCGAGCAGUCCCGUCCCACGCUGGUGGUACUGGGCAGGCUGCGGCACGGGCGCUCGCUGCACAUUUGCUGUGGGCAGCACCGGAGGUUCCGUCCCAAGCAGCUGCGCGCAUCUCCAUUAGCACUCAUGAAGAACUGGAAGGGUAGCAUCAAACCUGUACCCGUCUCACGGUUGACACUGGCAUCCAGGGCAUCAUUGACUCCGGGGGAGCAGUGCUCAAGACGUUUCUGUUACCAGUAUCCUCUACUUUUUGAGGACAUCAAGCACAAGCCGUUUUUGACAAAGUCAGGACCGGUGUACUGCAUGGAAGUACAGAAGUUGAAUCAGCAACUAGAGGAGAAAAAUGGAGAGAUACAUCAGAUGAUAAAUCAGCUUUUGUGCCGUUCGCUCACUGAUGAAACUCACCAACUUCAACGCAAAUUAGCAUCCACAGCAGAAAUGUGUCAACAUCUGGCAAAAUGUCUAGAAGAGAAGCAAAGGAAAGAGAAGGGGAAUUCAGAUGACCAGAUACCUACUGAAAGACGUAAUCAGCUUUUAGACAAUGAAACUUCACUUCAAGCUCUUAUCUGCAACCUACAAGAUGAAAACAGGAUGUUAAAACAAAAAGUAGCUCACGUGGAAGAUUUAAAUGCAAAAUGGCAGAAAUACGAUGCGAGCAGGGAUGAGUAUGUGAAGCGACUCCACUUGCAGCUGAAAGAGAUGAAGUCACAACUGGAGCAGCAGCAUGGUGUAGCUUCCGCACAAACAAAUUCUGACCUGAUGCACAAGGAGAUAUUCCGGUUAAACAAGCUACUGGAAGAAAAAAUGAAUGAAUGCAUAAAAACAAAGAGAGAAUUAGAAGAUGUGAAGAAGGCUAGUGAAGGAGAUAAUGAGCGCAUGCAAAUGCUGGAGCAACAGAUGCUAGUUUAUAAAGAUGAUUUCACAUCCGAGAGAUCAGACAGAGAACGAGCACAGAGUAAAAUACAAGAGCUUCAGGCAGAAGUUGCAUGCCUGCAACACCAGCUAGCAAGAAGACAGGACUCAAGAGAAACAAGCAGUCAUUUCAGAGUUCAUAUGGGUAACCAAAAUCAUAUGUACGUACAGACGAACGUUGAACAUCUGCGAGGCAACAGCCCAGGCCAAACAGACACGAGAAGAACAUCUUCACAGUCUGAACAAGCUUCUCCUCCUGCGGACAAUGGAAACUCGGGAUCUGAGGGCAGGGCACAGGGUGAACUUAGAUGCCCUCAUUGUAUGAGGUUUUUCAAUGACGAACUCAGUGAUGAAUUCCUCAAGCACGUUGCUGAAUGUUGUCAGUGA